UCCAGGAGGGCGGUCGCGUUAAGCUCGGAACUUUUUUAGACAGACGGAAUCCUUUCGAAUAACACACACAUACACAUAUAUAUACAUAUAUGUAUAUGGUUCGGUUCGCGCAAGAGCAAAUGUAUAAAAAAUGACGGAACGUCGUGUGAUUUGACAGUGAAAAAACAUUUAAUGGGAAAAGUGCCUCGGUAUCCUGUGAUAUCCGGAUUCUGGCCAGAGGACCGACAUUGGUAAUCAGUAAACGGAAGGAAGGCUCGAAGCGCGGAACGCGAAAGGGUGAGACAAGAUAGAACACCGGCGGAGGGUGAGGUCGAAGUGAUGACGGGUGAAGAAGGAAAGUGCGGGGGUGGAACUGGCACUGGUGGGGCUACCGAUGUUGGAAACACGAACACAAACGUUACGGACAAUGCGAACAAUGUUAACGCCAAUGUACACGCGAAUGUUAAUGCCAACAUAAAUGUCAGCCAGCAGAAUGGAGGACCGGAAAAAGCGCCUGUCGUCGGUGGUACCAACGUGGAGACGUUACCUCGCGCUGGCAAACAAAGCGAUCCUAGUACGGCGUUUCUCCGUGCAGCUCGUGCUGGCCAGUUGGAGAAGGUUUUGGAGUAUUUGGAAUCGGGAGUGGACAUUAAUGCUUCGAACGCUAAUGGCUUAAAUGCUUUGCACCUGGCAGCUAAAGAUGGACAUUUGGAAAUCGUCAGAGAACUUCUCAACCGUGGCGCAGUGGUCGAUGCCGCUACCAAAAAGGGAAACACGGCAUUACAUAUAGCUUCUCUUGCUGGUCAGGAGGAAGUGGUACAAUUGCUGGUACAACGAGGUGCUUCUGUGAAUGCACAGUCACAAAAUGGGUUCACUCCACUCUAUAUGGCUGCUCAGGAAAAUCAUGAUUCGGUAGUGAAGUACCUUCUGAGUAAAGGUGCUAAUCAAACAUUGGCGACUGAGGAUGGCUUCACCCCAUUAGCAGUUGCGAUGCAACAGGGCCACGAUAAGGUAGUAGCAGUUCUAUUGGAAAAUGACACUCGUGGUAAAGUUCGACUGCCUGCCCUCCACAUUGCUGCUAAGAAAGAUGACUGCAAAGCGGCUGCCCUACUUUUACAAAACGACCACAAUCCCGACGUGACAUCGAAGAGCGGUUUCACACCGCUCCAUAUAGCAGCACAUUAUGGCAACGACCGAAUUGCUUCCUUGCUUUAUGACAGAGGCGCGGACGUUAAUUUCGCGGCAAAGCACAAUAUUACGCCAAUGCACGUGGCAGCAAAAUGGGGAAAAAUUAAAAUGGUGAAUUUAUUGACGAGCAAGGGAGCGAAUAUCGAAGCGAAAACGAGAGAUGGCCUUACACCCCUUCAUUGCGCGGCUCGAUCUGGCCAUCAUGAGGUUGUUGACAUUUUAAUCGAAAAAGGAGCACCGAUUGGUUCCAAAACGAAGAAUGGUCUUGCUCCGUUGCACAUGGCUUCUCAAGGAGAUUAUGUUGACGCUGCGAGGAUAUUAUUGUAUCAUCGUGCACCGGUAGACGAAGUGACAGUAGAUUACUUGACGGCGCUACACGUGGCAGCUCAUUGCGGACAUGUACGAGUCGCUAAACUUCUACUCGAUAGAAAUGCCGAUCCAAACGCACGAGCUCUGAACGGCUUCACUCCGCUGCAUAUUGCAUGUAAGAAGAACAGGCCGAAGGUCGUUGAGCUCCUUUUAAAGCACAAAGCUAGCAUCGAAGCUACCACAGAGUCUGGAUUGACGCCCCUACACGUAGCAAGUUUUAUGGGGUGCAUGAACAUAGUGAUUUAUUUAUUGCAACAUGCAGCUAGUCCUGAUAUACCAACUGUAAGGGGCGAAACGCCUUUGCAUUUAGCUGCCAGAGCGAAUCAGACUGAUAUUAUCAGGAUACUUCUUAGAAAUGGUGCCCAAGUUGAUGCCAGAGCAAGGGAACAUCAAACACCACUUCACGUUACUUCACGAUUGGGUAAUGUUGAUAUUGUAAUGUUAUUACUUCAACAUGGUGCCGAUGUAGACGCUACGACGAAAUAUUUAUAUACACCGCUUCAUAUUGCUGCUAAAGAGGGUCAAGAAGAGGUUGCAUCCGUUUUGUUAGAAAACGGCGCAUCGCUUACCGCUACGACCAAAAAGGGAUUCACUCCUUUGCAUUUGGCAGCUAAAUAUGGUAACAUGAACGUAGCAAGAUUAUUGUUGCAAAAGAACGCACCAGUCGAUGCUCAAGGAAAGAACGGAGUAACUCCACUUCAUGUGGCGUCUCACUACGAUCAUCAAAAUGUAGCAUUACUUUUACUUGAUAAGGGUGCAUCGCCUCAUGCUAUGGCUAAAAAUGGCCACACACCGUUGCAUAUUGCUGCACGUAAAAAUCAAAUGGACAUUGCAACUACUUUACUAGAAUACGGAGCAAAAGCAAACGCGGAAUCAAAAGCAGGAUUUACGCCGCUACAUUUGAGUGCACAAGAAGGCCAUACUGAUAUGUCAACGCUACUUAUUGAGCACAAAGCAGAUACAAAUCACAAAGCUAAGAAUGGCCUCACGCCGCUUCAUUUGUGCGCACAAGAAGACAAAGUUAACGUUGCCUCUAUCCUCGUUAAAAAUGGUGCUCAGAUUGAUGCUAAAACGAAGGCUGGUUAUACUCCAUUACACGUGGCAGCUCAUUUUGGUCAAGCAGCUAUGGUACGAUUCCUUUUACGAUCUGGUGCAGUCGUCGAUAGUAGCACUAAUGCAGGAUAUACACCACUGCAUCAAGCUGCACAACAGGGUCAUACACUAGUGAUCAAUUUAUUGUUGGAGGGUAAAGCUAAGCCGAACACUACAACUAACAAUGGUCAAACUGCUUUGGAUAUUGCACAAAAACUUGGUUACAUUAGCGUCAUUGAAACUUUGAAAGUGGUUACGGAAACCAUCAUUACAACGACCCACACCAUUACUAUUGAAGAGAAAUACAGAGUCCAAGCUCCCGAAUCGAUGCAAGAAACAUUCAUGAGCGAUAGUGAAGAUGAAGGGGGUGGUGAUGAAAUCGGCAUGGCAGCCAUGAAUGUGUACGGGCAGCCUCCACACGCGCAACACGCGCAACACGUGUAUCUUCCUUCUUACUACCAGGGCCAAAUGACCUAUACCCGUGAAGAUCCGAUGCUUAGCGACCAACAGCAAUAUCGAUACAUGACUGUUGACGAUAUGAAAUCCAUGGGGGAUGAUUCGAUGCGUGUCAACGUGACAGACGACGAGAGGGAUAAUCGACAUUCCGGAGCACCAACCAUAACCGAGAUGAUUACAAAAGAAAGUUAUCAACGUACGAACGCUGCCAACCUCAAACCAGAUAAUGUUGAUAUCAACAGGCACCCAGUACACGUCGGAUUUUGUUCUGAGAUCAGAGCGUCCCUAGAGUCCUUAAACACGUCGCUGGCAGCGCUUGGUACCAUGUCGAAAGGACAAGGAAUGUGGCGGGACAGCUUCCUGGUUUCCUUUCUGGUGGAUGCACGAGGCGGUGCAAUGCGAGGUUGCAGGCACAGCGGAGUGCGUGUAAUCGUUCCUCCUAGGAAAGCUGCAAUGCCAAUGCGUGUCACCUGCAGAUAUUUAAGGAGAGACAAAUUGACCAACCCACCACCUUUGAUGGAGGGGGAGGCUCUAGCCAGCCGUAUUCUUGAACUUGGACCCGUGGGCGCCAAAUUUUUAGGGCCCGUGAUCAUAGAGGUACCUCAUUUUGCUUCGUUGCGAGGAAAGGAACGAGAAAUAGUAAUUCUUCGAUCGGACAACGGAGAAACUUGGCGCGAGCACACCUUGGAAGCCAGCGAGGAGGCUGUCCAGGAUGUGCUUAACGAGAGCUUUGAAGGAGAAGAAUUAAGCCAGCUCGAGGAUCUCCAAACAUCACGGAUUGUAAGGAUACUCACUGCAGACUUCCCGCAUUACUUCGCAGUAGUGUCUCGCAUUAGGCAAGAGGUGCAUGCAGUUGGCCCUGAAGGUGGCACAGUCUCCUCAUCGGCUGUCCCACAAGUUCAAGCUGUCUUUCCACCAGCAGCUCUUACUAAAAAAAUUCGAGUUGGGCUUCAGGCACAUCCGAUACCAGCAGAUCUCGUAGCUAAACUUCUUGGUAACAGAGUGGCAGUGUCACCGAUCGUAACCGUUGAACCAAGACGAAGAAAAUUCCAUAAACCAAUAACCUUAACUAUACCUGUACCGCAAGCAGCCAACAAAGGCAUGAUCAAUCAAUAUUCGGGAGACGCGCCGACGUUGAGACUUCUGUGCAGCAUAACUGGAUUGAGUCAUUUAGGGGGUCAGUCUCGGGCAGUCUGGGAGGAUGUCACAGGUUCGACGCCGCUGACGUUCGUCAAAGAUUGCGUUUCCUUUACUACCACAGUAUCUGCUCGCUUCUGGUUAAUGGAUUGUCGGAAUAUUUCCGAAGCCACGAAAAUGGCUACAGAGCUAUACACACAUGCGACACACGUACCUUUUAUGGCUAAGUUUGUAGUAUUUGCAAAGCGAGUAGAUCCGUUGGAAGCAAGGUUACGCGUUUUCUGUAUGACUGACGAUAAAGAAGAUAAGACUUUAGAGAACCAAGAACACUUUACGGAAGUUGCGAAGAGUCGGGACGUUGAGGUCUUGGAAGGAAAGACGCAGUAUAUGGAAUUUUCGGGCAACCUUGUGCCGGUAUUAAAGAGCGGCGAGCAGCUUCAGCUACCGUUUAGUGCUUUCAAAGAAAAUAGAGUACCAUUUACAGCAAGAAUAAAAGAUCCGGAUGCCGCCGAUAUGAUGGGUCGCAUUAUGUUUAUGAGCGAACCAAAGGUUCCCAAGGGUGAAUUGCCGCAAACGCCGAUAUGCACUUUGAAUAUUUUAUUGCCAGAAAAAAUAUCACCGGAACAGACAGUCUCGGAAGUCGAUCUACUAGAGCUCUCGAAGAAUUAUAGUUUUCUACGCGACGGCGGCAUAAGUCGCCCAGACGCCAUUCACAGGGCAACCAUACGAAUAACCGACAUCGCGAAUUUAUUGGACACAGAUUGGGAGAAACUCGCGGAGGAAUUAAAUAUUCCGCCGAACGAAGUGACGUCCAUCAAAGAAGAGUAUUCUAAUAAACCUGCCCAGCAAGCUGCAGCAAUGCUAAAGAUUUGGCAGAGUAAUGGAAAUAAAGCUACAGGAAAUACAUUAGAAAAGGCGUUGAAUAAAAUUGGCCGCGAAGAUAUUGUGAAAAAAUGUAUAUUUAACGUCGAACUGGUAACCGAUGACGUAGAAAAAGCAGUUGCCAGAGUUCGAUUAGAUCAACCUGGAUUCGAUUCUUUGAAAGAAGAAUUGGGACCUUCAAGGGAUACUUCCCUACGUCGUGACGCGACGAUGGAUCCUAAAAUGGAUCCAGAUUAUGAACUUAAUAGAACUAAGGAGUCUGAAUCUAUGGAAGACCUCAGUAUUACUGGCACUAAACGUGAUACACCAUCGAAACAGCAUGUCACAAUCACAAACGGCACUGUAUUCAACGGAACCUCGACCCCCAUCAAAGAUAAAUAUGCAAGCGACGAAAAAGAACUUGGGGAUGUUAUGGCCGAAUUUAUCGAACAAAAAUGUCACGUUGCCGAUACGAUGAGUAAAAAAUCACGCGACGAACUUGACGAAGAUGAAAAACGACAAAGGGUGAUCGCAGACGCCAACAAAAUAGUUGACGGUGUAAUAGCAGACGCAGAGAAAGAGAAGGGGAAGUUAGCGAAGGAAGGGUGGUCGGUGGUUUGUGAUGAUGAUACGCGGGACAGUAAAGUGGCAAGAGGUGCUAUAGUUGAAAGUUUUCUUAGAGAUCAGUUAGGUGAAAGGGAACUAAAGGAUAAGGGCAUUAGAUCGGAAAAACCGAUUAUCGAACAAAUACAUGGCGCGCCGGUCAUCGAACCGACGAUAGUGAAACAACAUUAUGUUCGUAACGGGAAGCGCGAUUGUAAUGUAACGGUUGUUACGUCCAAAACUGUAGUUUCGGGAAGCGACGAUAAAACAGGACAUCAACCUGUAAUAACUCAAACCAUAACAAUGAAGCAAGUUGGUCCAACUUCGCCUAAAGAUACAGUGACAAUUUCUAGUGGUAUUCAGGAUGUUGUUAGUAAGAAGGAAAUGUUGUCUAAGGAAGGUAAGGAACUCGACGAAAUGUCAACACCGAGCGUAAGUUUUGGGAAGGAAAGCACAAAACAAGUACCAGCGAAAAUUAAAGAGGUUCAACGAGACGAACAAAAGCAAUUGUCACCCAGGGAAACGGGAGCUAAAACUAACAUUCCAAAAGAUACGAAACCUGUGACUGAUAAACAAAUAUCUGCGUACGAAGACGUUUACAGUGCACAGAUUCCCCCUGUAAAACACGAUGAUAAACAGGAAGACGAAUCGAAGAAAUCAAAGGAUAAAAGUGGUGGCAUACUUUCGGGAAUCUUUAAGGGAUCCAAGCUUAAGAAAACGAAACAACCCGGUUCAAAGGAUGCCUCCUUCGAUAGCGGCGACGAAGAAGCAAAAUCAGUUCCUACGGUUGUACAGCAUAAAAUUGAAACAGAUUUGAAACCAGCUGAAACAAGUACAGCGCCUGACAUAAAAUUGGCGACUAUGCAGUUCUUAGACGACACGAGGCGAACUGCAUCGGUUACAAAACCGGUACCAGAAGUCACAGCAACCGUAACCCAAGUAGAAACAAAACACGAUAUGAAACCAACGACUAAAGAUGCGCCUGAUCGUCCUACAAUUGUUUCUAGCGAUUCAAACGAUCAGGACAAAGACAAGGGCUCCGGUUUCUUUAGUAUGUUCAAGAGUCCGAAGUCGAAAGAAAAGAAAUUGAAGAAGUCCAAAGAAGCAUCCUUCGACAGCGGUGACGAAGAGCUUCGAAAUGCUACGGAAAAAUUCCUGGACGAUACGCGGAAAACUGCCGAAAGCACAGCUGUUUAUCCAGUUCCUACGAUCGAUGAUAGACAGACAGUGAUUAAAAAUAAUUUGCAUACCUUCAUUUCACCGGUUUACUACGAUGAAGAUAUUCCAAAGGACAAAAUAAAUGGGCAUUCGUACGAUAUUUCUGAAGUGCAAAAGAAAGCAGAAAUAGACAGAAGUACUCCACAUAGAGAUAUGAAUGGAAAAUCAGAUGGCAAAAAAGCUAAGGAUACAUUGCAAAAAGAACAAAGUCCGGACAAACGUAUCGAGACAAAAUCAGAUUCUUUGGAAAGAUCAAUCGAAGAUCAAAAAGAUCAGAAUGAGGAAACCAAAGAUAAAAGCGGCGGUUUCUUUAGCAUGUUUAAAAGUCCAAAGCUCAGGAGUAAGAAGAGGAGCGCUUCGAGAGAGAAAAGCUCUUCCAAAGAAGCAUCCUUUGAUAGUGGAGACGAAGAAACACGGCAAAUAACAGCAACAUUCUUAGAAGAUACAAAGAAAACCGCAGACACUAUGCAUCAAGCGGAUGAUGGAACAAAACCCAUCAGUGUACCUAUUAUAGAAACCACAGAUAAAGAUAAGGGAAGCGGAAUUCUGAGCAAAUUUAGAAGCCCAAAACUAUCCCGAGACUCCAGAAGUAGAUCACGGGAAAAAACACCCGCGCAAGAAGAUUCUAGUCAAAGCAUAGAUAAAUCGUUACGUGAAACUACGGCGAAAUUCUUACAAGAUACUCAAAAUAUUGCAAACGCUACAAUAGAUGUUACAGACAAAGCGGACGAACCUAUACAAAAAGCACACGACGUUACGAAGGAAGGAAUUUCGACUAUUGUAGACAGUGCGGAAGCAGGAAAAAACAAGGCUUCGAAGGAAGCUAAAAAGGCUAAAGAAAAAGGUUCAGGCUUCCUAUCAGGUUUAUUCAAGGGUGCUAAGCAUGCAGCAGACGAAGUGUCGGAAGACGUAAUGGAGUUCCUUGACGAAACCAAGAAAGAGGCAGCAGAUGAACAAGCCCGAGCACAGAAAGCAGCGGAAGAACAAAUGAAAGAUAUGGAAACAGCAAAAGACAAAGCAGCGAUCGGCAUACAAGACACAAAGGAUAAGGUCGCAUCAGCUGUAAAGAGUACCAAGGACACAGUAAGCGAGAAAGUAUCGGAUGGAGUGCAAAAAGUAUCUGAUGCUGGCAAAGUCACUGGCGAAAAACUGAAGGAAGGUGUCGGAGUUGUUGAGAGCAAGGCUCAAGCAACUGCACAACACGUAGCUGAAGGAGCUGAGGCAGCAAAAGACAAAGCUGCAACCACUGUCAAAGACACCAAAGACAAGGUUAGCGGAGCAGUGACUGAUGGUGUUCAUAAAGCGGCUGAUGUUGGUAGGGCUGUCACUGACACAGUAUCGGACGGUGCAAAGAAAACUGGCACGAAAGUGCAAGAGGCUGCACAGGGUGUGGUUGUCGAAGCAAAGGAAGUCAAGGAUAAAGCAUCGAAGGAAAUCAAAGAAGGUGCAGAUGCUGUAAAACAAAAAGUCUCCUCGGGCAUCGAUACUGCGGCUGAUGGAGCACUCGCAGCAAAAGAUAAAGCUGCUAAAGACGCCAAGAAAGCUAAAGAGAAGGGUGGUGGAUUCCUCUCAGGCUUAUUUAAAGGUGUGAAACAUGCAGCUGAUGAAGUUUCUGAGGACAUAACAGAAUUCUUUGAUGAAACUAAGAAAGAAGCAGCGGAAGAAGAAGCUCGAGCAAAGCAAGCUGCAGCAGAAAAGAUGAAAGAUAUGGAUGCAGCAAAGGACAAAGCAGCAUCCGGCGUGAAGGAUGCUAAAGAUAAAGUUGUAACAACAGUACACGAUGCCAAGGACAAAGUAAGUGAAACAGUGUCACAUGCUGGCAAAGUCACCGGCGAAAAGCUUGCUGAUGGAGUCAAAACUAUUGAGAGCAACGCUCAAGCAGCUGGACAAUACAUAGCUGAAGGUGCCGAGACAGCAAAAGACAAGGCUGCAACUUCAGUCAAAGAUACAAAGGACAAGGUUAGCGGAGCAGUAUCUGAUGGUGUUCAUAAGGCUGCUGAUGUUGGUAAGGUUGUUACUGACACAGUGUCUGAUGGGGCCAAGAAAGCCGGUACAAAAGUGCAAGAGGCCGCACAAGGUGUGGUUCUCGGAGCAAAGGAUGUCAAGGAUAAAGCGUCGAAGGAAAUCAAAGAAGAUACUGAAGCUGUGAAGCAAAAGGUUUCUACAGGCAUCGACACUGUGGCUGAUGGUGCACAUGCAGCGAAGGAUAAGGCAGCCAAAGAAGCUAAAAAAGCUAAGGACAAGACCAGUGGAUUCUUAUCUGGACUAUUUAAGGGUGCGAAACAUGCGGGUGAGGAUGUUUCUGAGGACGUAAAGGAGUUCCUUGACGAAACUAAGAGAGAGGCAUCUGAGGAGAAAGCUCGUGCCCAGCAAGCAGCUGGAGAUAAAAUGAAAGAUAUGGAGGAAGCAAAAGACAAGGCAGUCUCCGGCGUUAAAGAUGCGAAAGAUAAAGUUGUAACAACUGUACACGACUCCAAGGACAAAGUAACUGAAACAGUCACCCAAGCUGGUAAAGUCACCGGUGAAAAGCUUGCUGAUGGACUGAAAGCUGUUGAGAGCAAAGCUCAAGCAACUGGACAAUAUAUCGCUGAAGGAGCAGAAGCAGCAAAAGACAAGGCUGCAAGCACUGUCAAAGACACGAAGGACAAGGUGAGCGGAGCAGUAUCUGACCGUGUGCAUAAGGCUGCUGAUGUUGGUAAGGCUGUUACUGACACAGUGUCUGAUGGGGCCAAGAAAGCUGGCACGAAAGUGCAAGAGACGGCACAGGGUGUGAUUGUCGGAGCAAAGGAUGUCAAAGAUAAAGCAUCGAAGGAAAUCAAAGAAGACGUCGAUGCUGUAAAGCAUAAGGUUUCCUCAGGCAUGGACGCAGUUGCUGAUGGUGCACACACAGCGAAGGACAAAGCCUCUAAAGAGACUAAGAAGGCUAAGGAAAAAACAAGUGGAUUCCUGUCUGGAUUAUUCAAGGGUGCAAAACAUGCAGCUGACGAAGUUUCUGAAGAAAUAACUGAAUUCUUUGAUGAAACCAAGAAAGAAGCAGCAGAAGAAGAAGCUCGAGCUAGACAAGCUGCAGCUGAGAAAAUGAAAGAUGCGGAAGCAACGAAGGACAAGGUUGUAGCUGAUACGAAAGAUGUUAAAGGUAAAGUUGUAACAACUUUACACGAUGUAAAGGACAAAGUAAGCGAAAAAGUGUCGCAUGUUGGAAAAGUCACGGGCGAAAAAGUGUCAGAAGGUGUCGGAUUUGUUGAGAGCAAGACUCAAGCAGCUGCACAACACAUGGUUGAGGGUGCAGAGGCGGCGAAGGACAAAGCAACAACCACUGUCAAAGACACCAAGGACAAGGUUGGCGGAGCAGUCUCUGACGGUGUCCAUAAGGCUGCUGAUGUUGGUAAAGCUGUCACUGACACAGUGUCUGAUGGGGCCAAGAAAGCUGGCACGAAUGUGCAAGAAGCUGUUCAUGGUGUUGCCAUUGGAGCGAAUGAAGUCAAGGAUAAAGCGUCGAAAGAAAUCAAAGAAGACGCUGAAGCUGUAAAACAAAAGGUUUCCUCAGGCAUUGAUACUGUGGCUGAUGGAGCACAUGCAGCGAAGGAUAAAGCCUCUAAAGAAGCUAAGAAGGCUAAGGAAAAAACAAGUGGAUUCCUGUCUGGAUUAUUCAAAGGUGCGAAACAUGCAGCUGAGGACGUUUCUGAGGACGUAAAGGAGUUCCUUGACGAAACCAAAAGAGAGGCAUCUGAGGAAAAGGCUCGAGUCCAGGACGCAGCUGGAGAAAAAAUGAAAGAUAUGGAAGCAGCAAAGGACAAAGCGGUUUCAGGAGUUAAUGAUGUUAAAGAUAAAGUUGUAACAAGUGUACAGGAUGCAAAAGAUCAAGUAAGCGAAAAAGUGUCCCACGCAGGGCAAGUAACUGGUGAGAAACUGUCAGAAGGUGUCGAAAGUGUUGAGGGUAAGACUCAAGCAGCUGUACAACACAUGGCUGAAGGUGCAGAGGCGCCGAAGGACAAAAUUGUUACUGGUUUAACAGAUGUUAAAGACAAGACAGCAACCUCUGUCAAAGACACCAAAGACAAGGUUAGCGGUGCAGUAUCGGAUGGCGUGCAAACGGCCGCUGAUGCUGGUAAGGUUGUUACGGACACAGUAUCUGAUGGUGCCAAAAAAGCUGGCACAAAAGUGCAAGAGGCUGUUCAUGGUGUCGCCCUUGGAGCAAAAGAGGUGAAGGAUAAAGCAUCGAAGGAGAUGAAAGAAGAUGCUGAAGCUGUAAAGCAAAAGGUUUCCUCAGGUAUCGAUACAGUUGCUGACAGUGCACAUGCGGCAAAGGAUAAAGCUGCUAAAGAAGCUAAAAAGGCUAAGGAAAAGAGUGGUGGAUUCCUGUCCGGCUUGUUUAAAGGAGUGAAACAUGCGGCUGACGAAGUUUCUGAGGACAUAACGGAAUUCUUUGAUGAAACUAAAAAGGAGGCUGCAGAAGAAGAAGCUCGAGCUAAGCAAGCUGCGGCAGAAAAGAUGAAAGGUAUGGAAGCAGCAAAGGACAAAGCAGCGUCUGAUGUUAAAGAUGCUAAAGAUAAAGUUGCAGCAGCUGUAUAUGACACGAAGGACAAAAUAAGUGACAAAGUAUCUGUUGGAAUAGAGAAAGUGUCUGAUGCUGGUAAACACGUCGGUGAGAAGCUUGCCGGUGGAGUGAAAACUGUUGAGAGUAAGGGUCGGGAAACGGCUCAACACAUAGCUGAAAGUGCAGAAACAGUGAAGGAUAAAGCUGCUACCUCUGUCAAAGACACCAAGGACAAGGUUAGCGGAGCAGUAUCUGAUGGUGUCCAUAAGGCUGCUGAUGCUGGUAAGGCUGUUACUGACACAGUGUCUGAUAGUGCAACAAAAGCUGGAACCAAAGUGCAUGUAUUUGCCGAGGAUGUUGUUAUCGGUGCAAAGGACGCUAAAGACAAGGCGUCCAAAGAACUUAAGGAAGACGCCGAUGCAGUAAAGCGUAAAGUUUCAUCGGGAAUCGAUACUGUUACUGAUGGUGCUCACACAGCGAAGGAUAAAGCCGCCAAAGAAGCUAAGAAAGUAAAAGAAAAGGGCAGCGGUUUCUUAUCUGGCCUGUUUAAGGGUGCGAAACAUACUGCGGACGACGUUACUGAGGACGUUGUGGACUUCCUUGACGCAACUAGGAGAGAGGCAUCCGAGGAGAAAGCUCGUGCCGAGCAAGCAGCUGCAGAAAAAUUGAAAGACAUUGAUGCAGCCAAGGACAAGACAAUGGCUGACGCAAAGGACGCUAAAGAUAAAGUUGUAACAGCUGUACAUGACACGAAGGACAAAAUAAGCGAAAAAGUAUCAGAUGGAAUGCAGAAGGUAUCCGAUGCUCGUAAAGUUGCUGGCGAAAAGCUUGCUGACGGAGUCAAAACUGCUGAGAGCAAAGCUGAAGCAGCUGGACAAUACAUAGCUGAAGUUGCGGAAGCAGCAAAGGACAAAGCUGCAACCUCUGUCAAAGACACCAAUGACAAGGUUAGUGAAUCGGUAUCUGAUGGUGUGCACAAAGCUGCUGAUGUUGGUAUUGCUGUUACGGACACAGUGACUGAUGGUGCUAAAAAAGCUGGCACGAAAGUGAAAGAAGCUGCCCAGAGUGUUGCUCUUGGAGCGAAAGACGUUAAGGAUAAAGCAUCGAAGGAGAUCAAAGAAGAUGCAGAUGCUGUGAAACAAAAGUUAUCGUCAGGUGCUGACACUGUAGCUGAUGGUGCUCACGCAGCAAAGGAUAAAACUGCUAAAGAAGCAAAGAAAGCUAAAGAAAAGAGCGGUGGAUUCCUAUCAGGAUUAUUUAAAGGUGUGAAACAUGCAGCUGACGAAGUUUCUGAGGACAUAACGGAAUUCUUCGAUGAAACUAAGAAAGAAGCAGCGGCAGAAGAAGCUCGAGCUAAGCAAGCUGCAGCAGAAAAGAUGAAAGAUAUGGAUGCAGCAAAGGACAAAGCAGCAUCUGGUGUGAAGGAUGUUAAAGACAAAGUUGUAACAACAGUACACGAUGCCAAGGACAAAGUAUGUGAAACAGUGACCCACGCUGGCAAAGUCACCGGCGAAAAGCUUGCUGAUGGGCUGAAAGCUGCUGAGAGCAAAGCUCAAACAACUGGACAAUACAUAGCUGAAGGAGCAGAAGCAGCAAAAGACAAGGCUGCAAGCACUGUCAAAGACACGAAGGACAAGGUCAGCGGAGCAGUAUCUGACGGUGUGCAUAAGGCUGCUGAUGUUGGUAAGGCUGUUACUGACACAGUGUCUGAUGGGGCCAAGAAAGCCGGUACAAAAGUGCAAGAGGCCGCACAAGGUGUGGUUCUCGGAGCAAAAGAUGUCAAGGAUAAAGCGUCGAAGGAAAUCAAAGAAGAUACUGAAGCUGUGAAGCAAAAGGUUUCUACAGGCAUCGACACUGUGGCUGAUGGUGCACAUGCAGCGAAGGAUAAGGCAGCCAAAGAAGCUAAAAAAGCUAAGGACAAGACCAGUGGAUUCUUAUCUGGACUAUUUAAGGGUGCGAAACAUGCGGGUGAGGAUGUUUCUGAGGACGUAAAAGACUUUCUUGACGAAACCAAGAGAGAGGCAUCCGAGGAGAAGGCUCGUGUCCAGGAAGCAGCUGCAGAAAAAGUGAAAGAUAUGGAAGCAGCAAAAGACAAGGCCGUCUCUGACGUAAAAGAUGCUAAAGAUAAAGUUGCGGCAACUGUACAUGACGCGAAGGACAAAGUAAGUGACAAGGUAUCCGCUGGAAUAGAGAAAGUGUCUGAUGCUGGUAAACAUACUGGUGAAAAGCUGUCUGAAAGUGUUAGAGCUGCUGAAAGUAAAGCACAAGCAGCUGUGGAAUACGUAGCUGGUAGUGCCGAAGCAGCAAAGGACAUGGCUGUUGAAGGCGUAAAGGAAGCUAAAGACAAGGCUCUUACUUCUACGAAAGAUACGAAACACAAGGUCACUGGUGCAUUGGCAGAUGGUGUCGAGAAGACCGUGGAUACUGGAAAGGCUUUUGCUGAUACAGUAUCAGAUGGUGCCAAAAGAGCAGGCAUGAAAGUGGAAGAAGCAGCGCACGGUGUGGCCCUUGGUGCAAAGGAGAUCAAGGAUAAAGUGUCAAAGGAGGUCCAAGAUGAUGCUGAUGCUGUAAAGCUGAAGGUUUCCACAAGCAUCGAUACUGCGGCUGAUGGUGCACAUGCAGCAAAGGAUAAAGUUGCAAAAGAAGCGAAGAAAGCUAAAGAGAAGGGCGGUGGGUUCCUAUCUGGCAUAUUUAAAGGCGUGAAACAUGCAGCUGACGAAGUUUCCGAAGACAUAACGGAAUUCUUUGAUGAAACCAAAAAAGAAGCUGCAGAAGAAGAAGCUCGAGCUAAACAAGCAGCUGCAGACAAAAUGAAGGACAUGGAAGUAGGAAAAGACAAAGCAGUGUCUGGUGUUAAAGACGCUAAAGAUAAAGUUGCAGCAACUGUACAUGAUACGAAGGACAAAAUAAGUGACAAGGUAUCUGCUGGAAUAGAGAAAGUGUCUGAUGCUGGUAAAGUCACCGGUGAAAAGCUUGCUGAUGGUGUCAAAACUGCUGAGAGCAAAGCUCAAGCAGCUGGACAAUACAUAGCUGAAGGUAUGGAAGCAGCAAAGGACAAAGCUGAAACCUCUGUCAAGGACACCAAAGACAAGGUUAGUGAAGCGGUAUCUGAUGGUGUGCACAAAGCUGCUGAUGUUGGCAAGGCUGUUACGGACACAGUGUCUGAUGGUGCGAAAAAAGCAGGCACGAAAGUACAAGAAGCUGCUCAGGGUGUGGUUAUCGGAGCAAAGGACGUCAAAGAUAAAGCGUCGAAGGAAAUCAAAGAAGAUGCAGAUGCUGUAAAACAGAAGAUUUCCUCAGGUAUUGACACAGUUGCUGACAGUGCACAUGCGGCUAAGGAUAAAGCAGCCAAAGAAGCCAAAAAGGCUAAGGAAAAGGGUACUGGCUUCCUGUCUGGACUGUUCAAAGGCGCGAAACACGCGACUGAGGAUGUUUCUGAGGACGUAAAGGACUUCCUUGACGAAACCAAGAGAGAAGCAUCCGAAGAGAAAGCUCGUGCCCAGCAAGCAGCUGCAGACAAGAUGAAAGAUGUGGAGGCAACUAAAGACAAAGCAGUCGCCAGCGUGACUGAUGCUAAAGAUAAAGUUGUAACGACUGUACACGACGCAAAGGACAAAGUAAGCGAAAAAAUAUCCCAUGCUGGAAAAGUCACUGACGCAAAACUGUCAGAAGGUCUCGGAAUUAUUGGGAGCAAGGCUCAAGCAGCUGCACAACACGUAGCAGAAGGUGCAGAGGCAGCAAAGGACAAAGUUGUUACAGGUUUAACAGAUGUUAAAGACAAAACGGCAACCUCUGUCAAAGACACCAAAGACAAGGUUAGCGGUGCAGUAUCGGAUGGCGUGCAAAAGGCCGCUGAUGCGGGUAAGGUUGUUACGGACACAGUAUCUGAUGGAGCCAAAAAAGCUGGCACAAAAGUGCAAGAGGCUGUUCAUGGUGUUGCCCUUGGAGCAAAAGAGGUGAAGGAUAAAGCAUCGAAGGAGAUCAACGAAGAUGCUGAAGCUGUAAAGCAAAAGGUUUCCUCAGGUAUCGAUACAGUUGCUGACAGUGCACAUGCAGCAAAGGAUAAAGCUGCUAAAGAAGCUAAAAAGGCUAAGGAAAAGAGUGGUGGAUUCCUGUCCGGCUUGUUUAAAGGAGUGAAACAUGCAGCUGAUGAAGUUUCUGAGGACAUAACGGAAUUCUUUGAUGAAACCAAAAAGGAGGCUGCAGAAGAAGAAGCUCGGGCUAGACAAACUGCAGCUGAGAAAAUGAAAGAUGUGGAAGUAACAAAAGACAAAGCAGUCUCAGAUGUGAAGGAUGCUAAAGAUAAAGUUGUAACAACAGUUCACGAUACCAAGGACAAAGUAAGUGAAACAGUGUCCCAUGCUGGCAAAGUUACCGGCGAAAAGUUUGCUGAUGGAGUGAAAACUGUUGAGAGCAAAGCACAAGCAGCUGGACAAUACAUAGCUGAAGGUGCAGAAACAGCAAAAGACAAGGCUGCAACCACUGUCAAAGAUACGAAAGACAUGGUGAGCGGAGCAGUAGCUGAUGGUGUGCAUAAAGCUGCUGAUGUUGGUAAGUCUGUUACGGAUACAGUAUCUGAUGGUGUGAAAAAAGCAAGCACGAAAGUACAAGAAGCAUCGCAGGGUGUUGUUGACGGAGCAAAGGACGUCAAAGAUAACGCGUCGAAGGAGAUUAAAGAAGACGUUGAUGCUGCCAAGCAAAAGGUUUCCUCAGGCAUUGAUGCUUUAACUGACAGUGCGCACACAGCAAAGGAUAAAGCUGCUAAGGAAGCUAAAAAAGCUAAGGAAAAGACCAGUGGAUUCUUGUCUGGGCUAUUCAAAGGUGCAAAACAUGCAGCUGAUGAAGUUUCUGAAGACAUAACGGAGUUCCUUGACGAAACCAAGAGAGAGGCAUCUGAGGAGAAAGCUCGUGUUCAGGAAGCAGCUGCAGACAAAAUGAAAGAUAUGGAAACAGCAAAGGAUAAGACAGUGUCUGACGUGAAAGAUGUGAAAGAUAAGGUCGUAACAACUGUACAAGAUGCCAAGGAUAAAGUAAGCGAGAAAGUAUCAGAUGGAAUGCAAAAGGUAUCCGAUGCUGGUAAAGUCACCGGUGAGAAGCUCGCUGAUGGAGUCAAAACUGUUGAGAACAAAGCUCAAGCAGCUGCACAACACGUGGUUGAGGGCGCGGAGGCAGUGAAAGACAAAGCUGCAACCUCAGUCAAAGAUACAAAGGACAAGGUUAGUGGAGCAGUAUCUGAUGGAGUCCAUAAGGCUGCUGAUGUUGGUAAGGCUGUUACUGACACAGUGUCUGGUGGGGCCAAGAGAGCUGGUACGAAAGUGCAAGAGGCCGCACAAGGUGUGGUUCUCGGAGCAAAGGAUGUCAAGGAUAAAGCGUCGAAGGAAAUCAAAGAAGAUACUGAAGCUGUGAAGCAAAAGGUUUCUACAGGCAUCGACACUGUGGCUGAUGGUGCACAUGCAGCGAAGGAUAAGGCAGCCAAAGAAGCUAAAAAAGCUAAAGAGAAGGGAAGUGGAUUCCUGUCUGGCUUGUUUAAAGGAGUGAAACAUGCGGCUGACGAAGUUUCUGAAGACAUAACAGAAUUCUUUGAUGAAACGAAAAAGGAGGCUGCAGAAGAAGAAGCUCGAGCUAAGCAAGCUGCAGCAGAAAAGAUGAAAGAUAUGGAAACAGCAAAGGACAAGGCAGUCUCUGGUAUUAAAGAUACUACAGAUAAAGUGGCAACUGCUGUACACGAUACGAAGGACAAAAUGAGUGAUAAAAUAUCUGACGGAAUGCAAAAGAUGUCCGAUGUUGGUAAGGUCACCAGUGAAAAGAUCGCUGAUGGAGUCAAAACUGUUGAGGGCAAAGCUCAAGCAGCUGGACAAUACAUAGCUGAAGGUGCUGAGGCUGCAAAAGACAAAGCUACAGCCUCUGUUACAGACACCAAAGACAAGGUUAGUGGUGCAGUAUCGGAUGGUGUCGAGAAAACCGUGGAUACUGGGAGGGCUAUUGCAGACACAGUAUCAGAUGGCGCGAAGAGAGUUGGCACCAAAGUAGAAGAAGCUGCACAGGGUGUGGUUGGAGGGGCAAAGGACGUCAAGGAUAAAGCGUCAAAGGAAAUCAAAGAAGACGUUGAUGCUGUAAAGCAAAAGGUUUCCUCAGGCAUGGACGCAGUUGCUGACAGUGCAGAUGGAGCGAAGGAUAAAGCAGCAAAAGAAGCUAAAAAGGCUAAGGAAAAGAGCAGUGGUUUUUUGUCUGGUUUGUUUAAAGGUGUGAAACAUGCAGCUGACGAAGUUUCUGAGGAAAUAACUGAAUUCUUUGAUGAAACCAAGAAAGAAGCAGCGGAAGAAGAAGCUCGAGCUAGACAAGCUGCAGCUGAAAAAAUGAAAGAUGUGGAAGCAACAAAGGACAAGGCAGUAUCUGACGCGAAAGAUGCUAAAGAUAAAGUUGCAACAACUCUACACGAUACCAAGGAUAAAAUAAGCGUGAAGGUAUCCGAUGCUGGAAAAGUUGUUGGGGAAAAGAUAUCAGAAGGUGUCGGAAUUGUUGAGAGCAAGGCGCAAACAGUUGCACAACACGUAGCUGAAGGUGCUGAGGCAGCAAAAGACAAAGCAACAACCACUGUCAAAGACACCAAGGACAAGGUUGGCGGAGCAGUCUCUGACGGUGUCCAUAAGGCUGCUGAUGUUGGUAAAGCUGUCACUGACACAGUGUCUGAUGGGGCCAAGAAAGCUGGCACGAAAGUGCAAGAAGCUGUUCAUGGUGUUGCCAUUGGAGCAAAGGAAGUCAAGGAUAAAGCGUCGAAAGAAAUCAAAGAAGACGCUGCAGCUGUAAAACAAAAGGUUUCCUCAGGCAUUGAUACUGUGGCUGAUGGAGCACAUGCAGCGAAGGAUAAAGCCUCUAAAGAAGCUAAGAAGGCUAAGGAAAAAACAAGUGGAUUCCUGUCUGGAUUAUUCAAAGGUGCGAAACAUGCAGCUGAGGACGUUUCUGAGGACGUAAAGGAGUUCCUUGACGAAACCAAAAGAGAGGCAUCUGAGGAAAAGGCUCGAGUCCAGGACGCAGCUGGAGAAAAAAUGAAAGAUAUGGAAGCAGCAAAGGACAAAGCGGUUUCAGGUGUUAAUGAUGUUAAAGAUAAAGUUGUAACAAGUGUACAGGAUGCAAAAGAUCAAGUAAGCGAAAAAGUGUCCCACGCAGGGCAAGUAACUGGUGAGAAACUGUCAGAAGGUGUCGAAAUUGUUGAGGGUAAGACUCAAGCAGCUGUACAACACAUGGCUGAAGGUGCAGAGGCGGCGAAGGACAAAAUUGUUACUGGUUUAACAAAUGUUAAAGACAAGACAGCAACCUCUGUCAAAGACACCAAAGACAAGGUUAGCGGUGCAGUAUCGGAUGGCGUGCAAACGGCCGCUGAUGCUGGUAAGGUUGUUACGGAUACAGUAUCUGAUGGUGCCAAAAACGCUGGCACAAAAGUGCAAGAGACUGUUCAUGGUGUCGCCCUUGGAGCAAAAGAGGUGAAGGAUAAAGCAUCGAAGGAGAUGGAAGAAGAUGCUGAAGCUGUAAAGCAAAAGGUUUGCUCAGGUAUCGAUACAGUUGCUGACAGUGCACAUGCGGCAAAGGAUAAAGCUUUUAAAGAAGCUAAAAAGGCUAAGGAAAAGAGUGGUGGAUUCCUGUCCGGCUUGUUUAAAGGAGUGAAACAUGCGGCUGACGAAGUUUCUGAGGACAUAACGGAAUUCUUUGAUGAAACUAAAAAGGAGGCUGCAGAAGAAGAAGCUCGAGCUAAGCAAGCUGCGGCAGAAAAGAUGAAAGGUAUGGAAGCAGCAAAGGACAAAGCAGCGUCUGAUGUUAAAGAUGCUAAAGAUAAAGUUGCAGCAGCUGUACAUGACACGAAGGACAAAAUAAGUGACAAAGUAUCUGUUGGAAUAGAGAAAGUGUCUGAUGCUGGUAAACACGUCGGUGUGAAGCUUGCCCGUGGAGUGAAAACUGUUGAGAGUAAGGGUCGGGAAACGGCUCAACACAUAGCUGAAAGUGCAGAAACAGUGAAGGAUAAAGCUGCUACCUCUGUCAAAGACACCAAGGUCAAGGUUAGCGGAGCAGUAUCUGAUGGUGUCCAUAAGGCUGCUGAUGCUGGUAAGGCUGUUACUGACACAGUGUCUGAUGGGGCCAAGAAAGCUGGUACGAAAGUGCAAGAAGCUGUUCAUGGUGUUGCCCUUGGAGCAAAAGAAGUCAAGGAUAAAGCGUCGAAAGAAAUCAAAGAAGAUGCUGAUGCUGUAAAACAAAAGGUUUCCUCAGGCAUUGAUACCGUGACUGAUGGAGCUCAUGCAGCAAAGGAUAAAGCCGCUAAAGAAGCUAAGGCUGCUAAGGAGAAGGGCAGCGGUUUCCUGUCUGGACUAUUCAAAGGUGUGAAACAUGCAGCUGAUGAAGUUUCCGACGAUGUAAAAGAUUUCCUCGAUGAAACUAAGAAAGAGGCCGCAGAGGAAGAAGCUCGUGCUCAAAAAGCUGCGGCCGAAAAAAUGAAGGAUAUAAGUGCUGCAAAAGAUAGUGUUGUUACAGCUAUGAAGGAUUCCAAGGACGCAGUUAGCGAAAAGGCGUCCAUUGGUAUGCAAAAAGCUUCCGAUGGUGGAAAAAUCAUUGGCGAAAAGCUGGCAGACGGUUCCAAAGCCGCUGAAGCACAAGUAUUAUCAAUUGCUCAAGAACUAGCUGACGGGGGAGCAGACGUGAAAGACAAGACUCUUACUGGUUUGAAGGGUUCUAAAGAGAAAGUUACCACCUCGACAAGAGAAACCACAGUCAGGUUUGGCGAUUUUGUAUCUGACGGGGUGCAGAAGGCGGAGGAUACUGGAAAAUCUAUCGGUAGCACAGUGUCUGAGGGGGUGAAGAAAGCUGGCACGAAAGUGCACGAUGCUGCUCAUGGUGUUGUUGUUGGAGCACAGCAAGCAAAGGACAAAGCGUCCAAGGAAAUCAAGGAAGAUGCGGAUGCAAUAAAACGUAAGAUUUCGUCGGGUGCCGAUGCAGUUGCUGACACUGCACAAUCCGCGAAAGACAAAGCUGCUAAAGAAGCUAAAAAGGCAAAAGAGAAAAGUAGUGGGUUCCUCUCUGGUUUAUUUAAAAGUUCAAAACAUGAUCAUGACGAAGUUCCUGAAAGCGUGAAAGAUGUUCUCGAUGAACCAAAAAGAAAAGUGUCUGUUACGAAAGGCGUUCCCAGGAAUGUAAUGGGCAGUAGUGGUUCAUCGACAGAGAAACUGUACGAAAUAGUUCUUCCUGACACUAGAAUCGAUGAUACCUCUCACACGAGGCCGAAGUUCACGGGACGGGGACCGUACUCGGAUGGUAGCGACGUGAAAAACGACGUAGUUGAGUUUUUAAGGGAAUUGAAGCACGAUGCCACGUUCGAUAAACCAUAUUUCCAAGACAAUCGUAAUUUACAUGAUUCAGAGAUGCCUGGCCGCAAGUCUAUGGAACGUACAGAUGCGUCUGCGGGCGUUCCAAGUUCAGGAAGUGGAAGGGAUAUUAUCGUUAAAUCUAAAACUGUUGUUGGUCCAAUGGUUCACACGGUAGAUCCAGCUUCUAGAUCAGAGUCUGAAGCACUCGUUCGAUUAAAAGAUGGCGAUCAUGCUGCCGGAAUAAAAUCUGUGAAACUAUCUCGCAUUCCACAAAAAGUUAGCUUCUCCGACGACUCGAGAUUUAGCCCUAGUAGUUCGUUCGAUAAUUCAGUUAAAAUAAUAAAAGUAUCUAGCGAAGUAGAGCACCUCGAACCUCACACACGACAAACCGUCACCACAGUCGUAACAAAGUCUGUGCGGACGGCAGCGACCCCACCACCCAGUCCCGCCGAGUACACUGACAGUAGAAUUGAAGACGUUACCGAAGAGGCUGCAAGACGAGCACAGAAUCUAGCCGAUCGAUCAUACUCGAUGUCAAAAUCAGGGCAUGAUUCGGCUGAGAUUGAUGGGACUGUAGAGAGGCAUGCUACUUCUACUCCAACAAAGCAACCUGUUCCCGCCCCGCGACACUCUACCAGGUCGUCCAUGAAAACAGACUUCCAUCUAGAUCUCAGAGAUACCUCGUACACGGCGUACAGUCCGAAACAUAAGACCGCAGAGCCAUCAAAGCCGUUCAAAGAAGAACACUCACCGGAAAAGAGCAGCCCAAAAAGUAAAAUACCAGUGAAGAUAAAAAAGUCUAUAGAGAACGAGAAAACGAUGAACAGAAUGAUGACGAACAUGGAGUCCGACGCGCACGCGAAAAAAUUCGAAGCAAAUCGACCGGAAGUAACGAUAAAUUCCAUCGUCGCGCAGUCAUUGAGUCCCUCGAAACGCGUAGACAAAAGCAGCGAAGAGCCGGAGAAAUCGUCUUGCGAGAAGGAAAGACGAGAUGCGGAAGAUCCCGAGAAGGAAAUCGAUUCGCAAAAGUUCGAAGUGUCGAAAGAAACGCGAAAAACGAUCACGACGACGACGACGACCGCGUCCUCCAUUUUGGAUACCGCGAAACCUGACGAGGUAGUCGGAGAAAUCGUAGAGAGAAUAGAAACUGUAACGAUAACUAAAGGAGAUAACGAAUCGGAUCCAGCGAAAUCGGAUGAAACUGUUACGAAGGAAAUAAAAAUUCUAGAUAAUUUACCGAUCGGCUCCGACGACACGACUUGCACAACGAUAUCAAAGACUGAGAGAAACGUCGUCACGGACGAGGUGAUAUCGAAAGAAACGAUAGUAAAAACUGUGACGACCGUACGAUGCGUCACGACCGAGUCUGUCGAUGGCGAACAGACCGAACGAAUCGUUAAAACGAUGACGACUAGCGGCGACUACGGGGACACGCCGUCCGUUGAGCAGGUGUCUAGCAAAAUAAUAAAAUGCACCACCGAGCUAUCGGAACCAUGGGCCCACGGGAGUAUAACAGAACGUUCGUACUUUAACGACGAGAAAGCUGACCAAUGGGACAAUCAGUUCUCCCAAGACACUUCGCCUGGUUCCGGUAACGGCGACAUUUAUGCAAAGAACGGUAGCUCACGGCACGAACUAAACAGUGACACUGAUAGUGAUGGUUCGCCGCGACCGAGAAGAAGAUCACCAAGCAAGAGGCGAACGUUGGGCAGUUCCAGCGGGUCUGAUGUAGCACUGCACGAAGGUGCGGAGCUGUCCCCGUUGGAGGACGACCAAGGUACCGCACUCACAGCUAACCUUCUAAAAUCUGACUUCUUGCAACAUAGCGAGCCAUCCUUCAUGGAAACGACAACGACGGAAGUGGACCCUGAAACGCAGGAAAGAAUAACGAGAACUGUACAAGUUGUUACAACGACCAGCGGUGCCGUCAGUGGUGCAGACGAAUUGCGAGAUUCCAUGCAGAAGAUCGUCGAUCGAUUCAUGAUGGAAGAAAGGCGAGAUCAGUGAAGCAUCAAAAGUCUCAUGGGCGAUAAUAGGAACAAAGUAGAAUCCUUCAUCACCUGACGACCGUGGAAAGGAAAAUAAAACGUUUAAAGAAAUUCUUUAGCACUAAUUCAAGAAAGCACCGAUCCAGUUCGACGCAUCCUCGAGCGUCGAACGGAACGUUCUCUGUACAAAGAUCGAAAAUGGAUCUCUGUUCGCAUCUGUAUCUAUAAAUGUCAAUGCAAAAGUAAUCUUAUUAUCGCGGUGCUUCUCGAGAGCACAGGAAAAAAAAGCAUGCACGACAAUUUACUAUCACACUCAUGGCCUACGCUUCGGAUUUGCUUGCCUUUUUGUUACAUUAAAUUGCCUUACGUAUUUACGUUUAAUCUUGCGAUCGAAUAGCGUAUGUCGUUGCUAGUCCGACUAGCUUGAUCCGCUAGUUUUCACUAAGCUAACCCGUCCAUGUACAACGCCUUUCUCAUGUUGUUCAAAGCGAAAAGACAAGAGGAGAAAGUAACGAAGGAGUAUGCGUAUUGCAGGAACAACAUGGACGAACAGAAAAUGAGAGUGUUCGUCUCGAAUGCACGCUCGACCAACAUUACAGCGAUAUAUAUUUGUAAACGUUCUUAUGGAAGAAAACGGUAUGAGAGACGAAAUGAUUAAAAUAGGAUCUUAACGGUGACUUCGCAAAAACUCGCCACUUGGCAGUUCGUUUUAGCUUUAGGGUGAUUGUAUAUCUAUCCGCGCAAUACAUCGCUUUAUAGGUCUGUAACAACACUUGAGUCACACACAUACAUACACCGGGAGCGAGAAAGAGAAAAAAAGAGAGGUUCUAAAAGAAAUGGAAUUUUUGUUGCUAUUUGAGUUAAUGGAAAUUUGACAAGGCGAGAGGAUUUGGAAAACUUCUGGCUACAUGGUCUACGCCAUCAUUUGCGAUUCGAAUGGCAACAAAGAAUAAAUGUUUUUAUGAAUCGAAAUACAAUGUAAAUUUAACUUAUUUAAAAGAAAUAUUUCCUAACAAUUUUUAAUUGUAUAUAUAAUAAUUUCUUAGCGUAACUUAUAUAAAUGUACUAUUAUACAAUUGUAAUAAUUGCAAUAUUGUAACACGAAUACUUUAUUUAUAUAGCAGAAUCAUUGGACAAAUUGUUAGACACAUAAAUCUUAAGAUCGGAGGGAAUGUUAAUCGGCGAUCUAUCCUUCGUACGAUCGUGUAAAUUAUUAUUACUAUUAUAAAGAGAAAAAAAAAAAGCAAAUGACAUGACGAUUAUAGAAAAUAUGUUGUUUAAACUUUAAUGACUCGAAACACGUCUUAAUAUUUAAGCAGCAUUAGCUUUCAGUGUAUAACACAGUUUUAAAAGGCACAGAAAGGAAUCAUAUAGUAUGUAUUUAAAAAGAACAAAUAUAUACAUACUUUAAAUAAGGUAUUCUAUUAAUGUAUAAUAUAUUGAAAAGAUAUGAUUAUGCAUCUGAAGUUUAUAAAUUAUUAUCUAUAAUGACUGUUAUUCUAUGUUUAAUAGACUUGCCUAGAGCCUAUCUGACCUAAGGACCAAAGGCACAAUCACACACGCAUCAAAAUAAAACAUUAUGCUCCCAUGUACUGUCGUAACAUUUUAUUGUAACUCAUCACGGACGUUGCGAUACUGGCAUUUAAAUAUUCCGACUGCUAUAAAAUAUGAUUCGUAUUACCAAACAAAAAAGGUAUUUUCCCUUUUUCAUAAGACAUAACCUAAUGUAAUACGACGACCUAUUGUAAAACCCACUGACAACAGAAUUUUUUUAUUCACUGUCAUUUCUGUCCAGUAUAUUAGUACAUUUUUUACAAAACACUUCUAUCUUUACUAUAUUGCGUACAUUAAUAAAGAGAUGUGCAAACGAACUUUUGAAAGUCGACCACGUAACUUUACUGGCUAAUAUGUGUUUUGAAAAUACACACAAUACAGGCAUACGAAAAUGUUACUUCUCCAAAAAAUGGAUAGAAAAUUUUUCUUAUUUAAUAACUAUUUAAAAAGGAUUAUUUAAAUUAUUUAAAAACUUAAUUUUUUAAGAUUCUCUUACUUCUGCAACAUCGUGAUUUAUGAGAACCUUUAAAUAUAUAAAAAUAAAUUGACUAUUUUUAUAUUAUCUUACUUUCUUCUAUUUAAGAAAUUUUAAUAUAUACGAAAGUUUUAAGUAAAGCAAUUUUAUAUUGUAUAUACAUUAACAUUAACUAUAAAGUAUUUGUGUUUCGACAUGUAUCUAAAACAAAGUAUUAAUUUUUAUUUGAAAAGUUACUUUCAAAUGAAUAUCAUUUAUUUAUGAAAAAUAUAUUGUAGAAGCCAGUAAUGUUACAUCGAACAAAGUAUACACAUUUUGUAAUUGUCUAAGCUCAACACCUAGUAUAUUCUCAAGCUGAGAGCAAGGCAGCAUAAACCUACUCAAUUCUAUAACACUGAAAUCUCAAUACGAAUUAAACGCUUCGAAUAAAUUAAAAAAUUUAUUUGCUUAGCUCUAAUUUUUACUAAAAGUAUUUCAAUGAAAGUUUGUGAUUAACUCGAUUGAGAAAAUAUAUAUCGAUCCAUAUAAAAGAUAUAUAGAACCAUCAACGGUAUUCAACUUAAAAUUAAGUAGGUUUACUUUACGUUAUUCUCCACUAAUUUUAUAGAAGUAGUAAUUUAUUAAUGGCGUGGUUACAAAAGUUUAUAUUGAAUAUCGAAACUCAUUGCAAGAUUUUGUAACUGCAUUCUAACCGUAGUAAUCAAUUUUUCAUGAGUUGUAACUAACAUAAGCAAGGUAUGUAAUGAUUUAACAUCGUUUCAUACACAUGCGUUUGAAUCA